AUGAAGUUGUCUGGUGCGAUUCUUGUCUUUUUGAGUGACCGAGCGGCAUGUUCUGUAUUCAGUCGUGAAACUUCUUCGAUUGAUUACAACUCUGCACCUCCAAACCUAUCGACAUUAGCCAACGCCACUCUCUUUGACACAUGGAGACCGAGAGCCCAUAUACUUCCUCCAUCUGGAAAGAUUGGUGAUCCAUGCAUGCAAUACACCGAUCCUAAUACAGGCCUUUUCCACGUCGGCUGGCUGCACGACGGAAUUGCAGGGGCCACUACAGAUGACCUUGUUACCUAUACAGACCUAAGGCCCCACGGAAGCCCGUCAAUUAUUGCAGGAGGAAAAAACGAUCCCCUUGCUGUCUUCGAUGGAUCUGUGAUCCCCAAUGGCAUCAAUGGCUUGCCAACUUUGCUAUAUACUUCAGUGUCUUAUCUUCCAAUUCACUGGUCGAUUCCCUACACUCGGGGGAGCGAAACCCAGUCAUUGGCCGUUUCAUAUGAUGGUGGUCACAACUUCACCAAGCUCAGUCAAGGUCCAGUUAUUCCUUCGCCACCAUUUGCUCUCAACGUGACGGCCUUCCGGGAUCCUUAUGUCUUCCAAAGCGCAGCGUUGGAUUCGGCCCUCAACAGCACGCAACAAACGUGGUAUACCGCUAUUUCUGGUGGUGUCCACGGUGUCGGACCUUGCCAGUUCUUGUACCGUCAGCACGAUGCAGACUUCCAAUAUUGGGAGUAUCUGGGGCAAUGGUGGCAAGAACCCGUCAAUACUACCUGGGGCAAUGGUGACUGGGCUGGAGGAUGGGGUUUCAACUUUGAAGUUGGUAACGUUUUCAGCUUGAAUGAAGACGGCUAUAGCCUUGAUGGAGAAUUUUUUAUGACACUCGGUACUGAGGGGUCCCAGGCGCCUAUCACUCCUCAGGUGUCUUCCAUUCAUGACAUGCUGUGGGUGGCGGGCAAUAUCACCAAGGGCGACUCGGUCGCUUUCACUCCCACCAUGGCCGGUGUACUUGACUGGGGUCUGUCAUCCUAUGCAGCUGCAGGAAAGAUUCUACCUGCGACUUCAAAGGCUUCCACUAAGAGUGGCGCCCCCGAUCGCUUCAUCUCGUACGUUUGGCUUACUGGAGAUCUGUUUGAGCUGGCAACUGGCUUCCCUACGUCUCAGCAAAACUGGACUGGAGCCCUUCUUUUCCCUCGUGAGCUGAAAGUCCAGACGCUGCCCAAUGUUGUGGAUAAUAAGCUUGCGCGCGAGUCUGGUUCUUCUUGGCGCGUGUCUCGCGAGGAAAAUGGUCAAGUUGACCUCGAAACCAUGGGGAUCUCAAUCGCAAGAGAGACCCAUGAUGCUCUGACAUCCGGUCCCUCCACUAUCGAGGCAGGUCGGACACUAUCCGAAGCUGCAAAUGUGGCGUUCAAGACCUCGCCAUCCAGCAAGUUCUUCGCUCUCACGGCGAACAUUUCUUUCCCAAGCUCGGCUCGUGGCUCUGACAUUCAGUCUGGAUUCAAAAUUCUUUCUUCGGAACUCGAAUCAACAUCUAUUUACUACCAAUUCUCAAAUGAGUCCAUCAUUAUCGACCGCAGCAAUACCAGUGCCGCCGCAAAGACUACGGAUGGAAUCAGCAGCGAGAACGAGUCAGGUCGUCUGCGUCUUUUCGAUAUCACUCACGAUGGAGCGGAGAGAAUUGAGACCUUGGAAUUGACUAUUGUGGUGGACAAUGGUGUUCUGGAGGUUUAUGCCAAUGGCCGCUUUGCGUUGAGUACCUGGGCACGGUCUUGGUAUGCAAACUCAACGAAUAUUGGUUUCUUCCAUAAUGGCGUGGGAGAAACUACCUUUGGGAAUGUGACAGUAUUUGAGGGUCUAUACAAUGCUUGGCCUCAGAGAGGCUGA